CCCUUGUCAACCUUCUCCUUCACUAGUACUGAGUGAAAUCUGUGACCUACCAAACCCCUAAAACCCUCCGCCGCUGAGCAACAGCAGUUCGCCAUCUUCAUCCUCCCACGGCAUUGGUGAGGAAGCCGAGAUGAACUUUAAGAACGCUCGGGUUCCGAACACAGGUGCGGCGUCAGCGCUGGUGAAGGUGGCUUUGAUCGGCGGCGCCGGCGUCUACGCUGCUUUCAAUAGCCUCUACAAUGUCGAUGGUGGCCAUCGGGCCAUUGUCUUCAACCGCAUCCAGGGAAUUAAGGAUAAGGUUUAUCCCGAGGGAACACAUUUGAUGAUCCCUUGGUUUGAGAGGCCAAUAAUUUAUGAUGUCCGUGCUCGGCCUCAUCUUGUGGAGAGUACAUCUGGAAGCCGUGAUCUUCAAAUGGUGAAAAUUGGGCUUCGAGUUCUUACCCGCCCCAUGCCGGAUCAGCUACCAACAAUUUACCGAACCCUUGGAGAGAACUACAAUGAGAGGGUUUUGCCAUCUAUUAUUCAUGAAACUUUGAAAGCUGUUGUUGCUCAAUACAAUGCCAGCCAACUUAUCACACAGAGAGAGGCUGUGAGUCGAGAAAUAAGGAAAAUUUUGACUCAGAGGGCGGCAAACUUCAAUAUUGCACUGGAUGAUGUAUCCAUUACAACUCUCAGUUUUGGGAAAGAAUUUACUCAUGCAAUCGAAGCUAAACAGGUUGCUGCACAAGAUGCUGAGAGGGCCAAAUUUAUAGUGGAGAAGGCUGAGCAGGACAAAAAGAGUGCCAUAAUAAGAGCUCAGGGUGAGGCCACCAGUGCUCAGCUCAUCGGACAAGCAAUCGCGAGCAACCCAUCAUUCCUUGCCCUGAGAAGGAUCGAGGCCGCAAGAGAAGUUGCUCAGACCAUUUCCAACUCCGCCAAUCGCGUGUUCUUACACUCCGAUGAAUUGCUGCUUAAUCUGCAGGAUCUCAACCUGGAGAGCAGCACCAAAUUGAAGAAAUAGCUUUGAAUCCCUUUCAUGGCGGCUUUCAUGUUAAAGACUCUGGAAAGUUUGCACUUUUACUUCAUUUUUUGCAUGCUAUGUGGAGUUUGUUUUUCAUUUUGAAUUUAUAAACUCACAUGGAAAUGAUUUCCGACCUCAUGCGCUCAAAAUAUGUUCAGUUUGUUUCUUUUU